UUUCCGCUUUCUAGCCACUGGAAGAAGCUGCUGUUUUAGGGGCCAAAUGAGCUGCGAGGCCACAGUAGCUGGUCAGAUUUAGCUUUGAGUCGCCUUGGAGCGAACUGAAGCCCGGCUGGAUUAAUGUGGACAGGGCGGUGCGACCUGCCAGCAGGGCCACAACCAGCGCAGACCAGCGUAGUCAACAGUCCGGCUAACAGCUGCUGCUAGCAAGACAGAGAAAAAGCUCCUUAGCUCUCAAACCGCUCGACCUGUCCGGGCUUUAAUCUAAUAAAACACCUGGUGGAUGAAUGAUGUCUGCCGCUAGCAUUGACCCUCAGACAUCGAAAGGACAAGAUGCAAGCAAAGCCUUUCCAGUUUCAGUGCAGAAUGGUUCCCUCCACCAGAAGGACUCUGUGCAUGAUAAUGACUUUGAGCCGUAUCUCACUAGCCAGUCCAGUCAGAAUAACAGCUAUCAAUCCAUGACGGACCCUUACCUCUCCAGCUACUAUGCCCCCUCUAUUGGAUUUCCUUACCCUGUCAAUGAGGCUCCUUGGUCUACAGGAGGUGACCCACCGAUUCCUUACCUGGCCCCCUAUGCCCCCCUCAGUAAUGGAGACCACCACUUCAUGCCCGACACAGUGUUUGGGCAGCCUGGUGGGCUCAGCAGCAGCAUUUACCCUCACAGGUUUAAUUUUUUCCCAGAGAACCCAGCGUUCUCAGCCUGGGGCACCAGUGGCUCUCAGGGCCAGCAGACUCAGAGCUCAGCCUACGGGGGAAGCUACAGCUACCCUCCUAGCUCUUUGGGGGGCACAUUAAUCCCUGAUGGCCAGACAGGUUUCCAUAGCGACACCCUUAGCAAAGCUCCAGGCAUGAACAGCCUGGAGCAGGGCAUGCUGGGGCUAAAAAUAGGGGGCGAUGUGACCGGAAGUGGCUCAGGUGUGAAGAGCGCAGCCUCUGUGAUAGGUGGCGGUGUGGCUGCAGCUGUUGCUGCGGGCAACAGCGGCACACCAGUAGGAAUGCCCCCACAGAAGCCCACGUCGUGGGCGGCUAUUGCCAGUAAACCUGCCAAGCAGCAGCAGCAAAAGGCGAAGAACAAGCCUGGAAUCCCUCUUGCUGCAGGAGUGCUGCCUCCACCUCCCAUCAAACACAGUAUGGACAUCGAUACAUGGGAUAAUAAAGCCACCGCUGCCAAGAUGGGCCCACUGUUAUCCCACCACCAUCAGCAGCACCCACCCCAUCUUCACUCCCAUACUGCCAGCCUCAUACCCCCUCUACAUCAGUCCCUGCAGUCUGUCCAGUCCCUCGUACAGCAGAUGACCAUGCCAGCUCACCCACCAGGUCCUCCGCAGUCUUACCAGAACCACAACCAAGCUCCAGCACCCCAAACAAGAUGGGUGGCGCCACGAAACCGCAAUCUCUGCUACAGUGGCGGAAGCCUGGACAGCAGCGGCUCCUCCAACGGCGGUGGCAGCGUAGGGAACGGAGGGGUGGCGGGAUUUAUUCCUGCCGAUCCGGGAUCAGAGCCCCAUCCCCUUCUGGAGAAGCUGCGAGCGGCGCACAGCUACAACCCCAAGGACUUUGACUGGAACCUAAAGAACGGCCGCGUGUUCAUCAUCAAGAGCUACUCCGAGGACGACAUCCACCGCUCCAUCAAGUACUCCAUCUGGUGCAGCACGGAGCAUGGGAACAAGCGGCUGGACGCGGCCUUCAGAGCCAUGAACUCCAAAGGUCCCGUCUACCUGUUGUUUAGCGUCAACGGCAGUGGUCACUUCUGCGGCGUCGCAGAGAUGCGCUCCCCCGUGGACUACGGCACCAGCGCUGGAGUUUGGGCCCAGGACAAGUGGAAGGGCAAGUUCGACGUGAACUGGUUGUUUGUUAAAGACGUGCCUAACAGCCAGCUGCGUCACAUCCGCCUGGAGAACAACGACAACAAGCCAGUCACCAACUCGCGGGACACUCAGGAGGUUCCUCUGGAAAAGGCCAAGCAGGUGCUCAAGAUCAUCGCCCAAUACAAACACACCACCUCCAUCUUUGAUGACUUUUCCCACUAUGAGAAGAAGCAGGAGGAAGAGGACGUGGUGAAAAAGAGCUAUGAGCCUGUCUCAAUACAGAGUCGGCCCAGAGUUGAUCAGGAUCGUCAGAAGUGAACUGUAGAAGCUGGCCUCUGAAAGGUUGAUCAACACUUUGCUUGGGCGAACAUAAUAAAAUGGCAAUGAGAACACAAACGUAACAAAAAAGAAAGAAAAUAUAAUUGUUUUCUAUUUAUUAACAACUUGGGCCCAUGUUUCCCUUGACUUUGUAACACGUGCAGGGAUGAAACAAAAAGUCACCAUGAGAAGUUAUUUUAAUAACAUCAGUAAACUUUUUUUUUAUCCUCAAAGUUUACUCGGCUAAGUAAAAAAAAAAAAAAAUGAAAUAAACUAUAUAUCUGCACGUCUGACCGACAACAUGCUGCUGAUAUUCAGUGACUGUUCACAUUGUGGUUUGUGUGUUGGAAGAGAUGUUAAGUGCUCGUGUUGGUUAAUCUAAAUGAGUGGAGAACACUGCUCUGUGUGUGUGGCCACUUGUGUUUAUAUCAUCAUCAUCGUUGAUAUCCAAGGAAGAAAAAGUCCAUUUUCCAUUGUAGGAAAUUUUUACUUCAAAGGAAAAUCGAAGGUUUCUGUUUGCAUUGACGUUUAUGUUGGAGGCUGUAGGAAAUUAAACCAUAAAUCUUAACAAAUAUAUCUAUAAGUGAAUCUGCUAUAAGGUUUAGCAUCAUUUUUGGGGGGUAAAGUUUGAGGUAUAAUGAAGCCUUAUAAUUCUGUUCAGCAAAGCGAGAUGGGAAAAACGUUUCAUUUUCAGAGAGAUUCAGGGAAAUAUUUUCUUUGUUUAACCCGAUCUGUUAUUUAAGUAAUGAAACUUACAAUCUAAUUUACAAGUUUAGUAAAAAUUAAUACGUUUAUUUUUUUUUCGAUAUGCUUCUUCGAUUUAAGCCAGAUUUAGUUUUCUUUCUCUUAACAUCAUUUUAAUCUUUAUAGGUUUUCACUCCAUUCUCAGAAGCUUUAAUGUACCAACAUUUCUAACAGAAAUCGCCUCAAAAUGUUAAGCUGUAGCAUUAUUAUUGACCGAUUAUUUGUCAAGUGUAUGGAAACCCAGAGACUAGCCUGUGUGGUAAAUGUUUGUGACUUUUUUUUGUUUUUGUUUUUUGUUUUUUUAAUACUGCUUGCUGUAUUGUGCGUGUGUGCAAGUGUGGCAGAAAGCAGGGGGAAUCAGCUAUACUGUAUAAUGUUAAUGGAUUAUAGAAGAUUUAUGCAAAAAUUUUAUUUCACCCUUGGAUUAAAUAUCUAUUGUAUCAGAGGUCACUAUCACAUUCUUAGAUUUGAUCAUGAUCGUUAUUAAAGAUAUACUUAUAUGUU